CAUUAUGGCAGACGACAGGAAGGUAAACAAUGUAUUGAAAUAAUUUUCGAUGUAAAGCGAUUUAUAUGUAUGAAAAUAUGGUACAGUCGCAUGUUUAAUGUUAUUUAAUCAUGAAUUUAGAAGAAAACGGGGAUAUUCCUCAACAUGUGUACCAGUGUAGUGAUCUUGGAUUUUAUCCAUUGCAUGUAGCUGCUGCAUCAGGUAAUUAUUUCAAUCUAAGAGAACUGUUAAGAGAAGGUCAUUCUCCAAAUUCCACAAAUUUUGAUGAUCUAACUCCAUUACAUGUGGCAUGUUUGCAAGGAAAGACAGAAUGUGCAGAAUUAUUGUUAAAUUUUGGAGCAAGAGUAAAUGCGCGUAGUAUUGAUGCUAGUACUCCUCUUUGCGAUGCUUGUGCUGGUGGUAGUGCUGACUGUGUACGUUUGCUUUUAAAACAUGGAGCAGAAGUAAAUCCAUCAUUAUUAUUAACAUCACCUUUACAUGAAGCUUCAUUAAAAGGUGCCCUUGUAAAUGCUACAAAAAUUCAUCAAACACCACUACAUAUAGCAGCUAGUAAUAACUAUUUUCAAACAGCCAAGGUGCUUUUGGAAUAUGGAGCAAAUGUGUUUGCUCUCAAUAAUCAAAAUAAAAAACCAAGAGAUUUACUUCAUCAACAGUCAGGAUUAUUUUAUGAUGAAUUACUUAGGCUUGAAUGUGAGUUUGUAUCUUUUUUUUUUAUUUGAUUUGUUGAAAUAUAAAUUAAAUUUUUGCCAUCAACA